AUGGCGACAAAGGAGAUACUCUUUAAAUUUGGGUUGCUGAAAGAUACUAGAUGUGAGCUAUGUGGGCAUGAUGUGGAGUCUCGUGAGCAUAUUAUGUUCAAAUGUAAACACUCCACUGUUAUAUGGGCUGAAACUUGUAAAUGGAUGCAACUUGAUAACAGGACUGUGAAUCUUAAUUGGAUAAAGACCUGGACUCAUGGUAAGGGUUGGAGGAAGGGUCUAUUCAAAGUUGUGGCAGCAGAGACAAUCUAUGCUAUAUGGACCCAAAGAAACAACUACAUUUUUCAUAAAAAUACCUAUACUAUAGAUAGUGAUAGAAAUGUUAAAAAUAUAGUUGAUGCUAUUGUUUAUAGAGGAUGGAAGCAUACCAUCUAUAGAAGCAAAAUUGCUAUGUUUCUUAUGUAA